CUUCUCUCUCCGUUUUCUCAUUUCACAGGGGCCGGCGGGCUGUCACCCAGCUGCAGCAAAAUCCUUGUCAACGGCUCUUUUUGUGCUGAUUGCCUAUAUAGUGGGGAGUUUGGUGGGAAAAGGCAGAUAGCAGUUUAAUCUUGUUCCCCAACUGCCUCUUUGCCCAGUGUAUUCCCCCGCCGCGCCGGGAACAGGUCGUUUAACAGCGCUCUAGCAGCCGAGCGCAGGUCGGAUGUGUCCCUGUCUGUUUUACAUGCACGGCAGAAUUUCCUUGGGAAGUGAUCAAUUUUGUUAUCUGUUAGAGCGCAUAGGAAAGAUUAAAUCUCUGUGGGAUAUUUUUAGAGCUGCUGGGAAGGGGAUUUUGGGUGGUGUGUACGGAGCUGGCCUUGGGUAGUGCAAAAGAGCUGUCUUUCGAGAAACAAACCCGAAUCAUUUCUGCUACUGUUCUGCAGGGUUUCCCCCCUCCUCUCGUCGGGGUUGGCCACAGCUGGUGGGAGGGAUUUCUGACUGUCAGCAAGAAAAGAAACAAGAGAGCAUGUGAGGGGAAGGAGCUAGACCUGGGAGAAGCAGGAGGAAAGUUUUGUUGCUCCCUUGAAACGCAGGGGAGCUGCUCUUAGUGUGCGUGCGUGCGCACGCAGGAGUUACUCGAGCCCAACUCUGGAGGAAGGUGGGGAGCUGUAGCAGGAGGAUGGCUUCACCUACACAGAUGGGGUAAAUGAGCACUCUGCCUGCUUUUGGAAAAGCCCUCAGGGAGGUGGGCUUCUCGGAGCGCAGGAGAGCACCCCUUCUUUUUCCUUUCCCUUGCCGAGUGCUGAUUUUUAUAUUGCCUUGCGAAGUGGAUCGCAACUCCAAAUCGGCUAAACCCACGUGGGGCUUCAUUGCUGGGCAGAACCCAGGUCUUGUGAGCCACCAGGUCUUUGGGCUUUGUCAAGAAGCAAAUGCCAGAAGGAAAAAUCACUUCAGCACGUUUCACUACGAGGAAAUGAGCGUAAGAAGCCAGGUUUGGUUUUGGGAAAAACCCAGCGACAAUCUGCACUAUAAUCACUUCCCGUGGACUGAAGAAACUUGCUGAACUGAACCCAUAUGGGAGGAAGCAUCUAGGAAUGAUAAAUCUGCUCUCCCCGUGCAAGAAUUCCCGUGUGCUCCGAUAGCAUUGUCCUUUGCAAGAAAGAGAGACACCGGCAACAGGGGAGCAGGAGCCAGCCAGGAGUGUCCUCCUUUGAGGAACAGGGACUCGCAAGUUGUGCUUGAGAAGGCUGUGAGAUUCUCCGGCACCACUGGAAGCGCCUUGCGGGGGGAGAGAGGAGCUGUUGCGAUGGAAUUUCAUGCGGUGGCACUGUCAUUCAUCCUGGCAUUGCAAAUAUCUUCUCUUGCUUCUGGGAACAAACUUCAGCCCCAUAUGCCAAACGUCUGCGCGGAGCAGGAGCUGGCGAUCGUGGGGCACCGGCAGCCGUGCGCCCAGGCCUUUACCCGCACCGUCAAAGUGUGGAAGCAGGACUGCGGAGGACAGCGGUGGUGCACGGGCUACGAGCGGAGAACUGCGUAUUACACGGGCUACAGGCAGGUGUACAAGGUGAAAUACCAGACCUCAUACAGGUGUUGCCCAGGAUGGUCCCAGCUCGGAGGGGAUGCCGGCUGUCUCUACCCUGUCUGCAGUUACGGGGUUUGUUUCAACGGUGGAAACUGCAUCGAGGGAUCUUCGCAGCUCUGUCACUGCUCCUCUGGUUUCCAAGGACCUCGCUGUCAGUACGACGUGAACGAGUGCGAGGCGGGGAACGGCGGUUGCGAGUCCCAGUGCUGCAACACCAUCGGCAGCUUCUACUGCAAGUGCGCAGCGGGGCUGCGGCUGGAGCCGGACGGGAAGGCGUGCGCAGAUGUUGACGAGUGCCAGGUCCACAAUGGAGGCUGCCAGCACAGAUGUGUGAACACCCUUGGGUCUUAUUAUUGUGAAUGCAAGCCAGGCUUUCGCCUGCACACAGAUGGCAGGACCUGCAUUGCGGUGAACACGUGCGCCCUGAACAACGGCGGCUGUGAACACAACUGCGUGCAGGUGACGCUGACACAGCACCAGUGCCAGUGCCGGCACAAUUACCAGCUGCGGGAAGACGGCAAACGCUGCGUCUUGAGGAACCCCUGCACCGACAGGAACGGGGGCUGCAUGCACCGGUGCCACAACCACCGUGGAACAGCUCGCUGCGAGUGCCACCCUGGCUACCGCCUGGCGCCUGACAAUAAGGCCUGUGAAGACGUGAAUGAAUGUCUGACCGGACUAGCCAUGUGCGCACACCGGUGUCUCAACACUCGGGGCUCCUUUAAGUGUACCUGUAACCCGGGCUACGAGCUGGGGGCAGACGGCAAGCAAUGCUACCGGAUAGAAAUGGAGAUUGUGAAUAGUUGUGAAGCCAACAACGGUGGCUGUUCCCAUACGUGCCACCACACCAGCUCCGGCCCGGUCUGUACCUGUAAUUUUGGUUAUCGGCUUGAAGAGGACCAGAAGACGUGCACUGAUAUCAAUGAAUGUGACAGUGGGUCUCACUGUUGUCAGCAAGACUGUUACAAUUAUCCUGGAGGCUACGAGUGUGCCUGCUAUGCUGGAUACAGGCUCGGCACAGAUGGCUGUGGGUGUGACGAUGUGGACGAGUGCUCUUCACGUAACGGUGGAUGCGAACACACGUGCCAGAACCAGCUAGGGUCUUUCCAGUGUGGCUGUGAGAUUGGAUACAAACUGGAUGACGACCGAAGGAGCUGUAUCCCUAUAGAGGACCCUGUGGAAGCUCUGGAUGGUCGGCGCCCCGUUAUCCGCCCGAUCCCUCACGUUGCAAUCCUGCGAGAUGAAUUUACCCAGCUCUUUAAUGAUGACUAUGAAGAAGAGGAGGAAGAGAUGGAAGCAAGAGGAGAGCACACACUUUCAGAAAAAUUUGUCUGCCUGGAGCACACGUUCGGCCCCGACUGCAGCCUGACCUGCGAGGACUGCCAAAACGGAGCCACGUGCGACGCGGAGGAGACGGGCUGCGAGUGUCCGGCCGGCUGGACCGGCAUCCUCUGCAACCAGACCUGCCCGGUCGGCACCUUCGGGAGGAAUUGCAGCCUGACCUGCCGCUGCCAGAACGGCGGCACCUGCGACCCCGCCACGGGUGCCUGCCGCUGCCCGCCCGGGGUGGCCGGCGAGCUCUGCCAAGACGGGUGCCCGAAGGGAUUUUUUGGGAAACAGUGCAGGAAGAAGUGCAACUGUGCCAACCGGGGUCGUUGCCAUCGGAUUUACGGAGCCUGUCUCUGCGAUCCUGGCUUGUACGGACGGUACUGCCACUUAGUCUGCCCCAAGUGGGCGUUUGGCCCCGGCUGCUCCGAAGAAUGCCGCUGCGUGCAGCAGAACACGCAGGACUGCGACAAGAGGGACGGCUCCUGCCGAUGCAAACCCGGCUACCGCGGCAAGCGCUGUGAGACGAGCUGUGACCCUGGCUAUUACGGGGAUGGCUGCAAGAAGAAAUGUAGCUGCUCUCCAGAAGCGUCCUGUGACCGUGUCACCGGAGAGUGCUGGAAAGAGUGUCCUCCAGGGUACCACGGGGAGAACUGCGACCAAGAGUGUCCGGAGGGGAAGUUCGGGGCCGGCUGCCGGCGGUCCUGCUCCUGCGGCGGAUCGCCCUGCGACCGGAGCACGGGGCAGUGCCUCUGCCUGCCAGGCUGGACGGGACACGACUGCGGCCAAGCUUGCCCUGACGGUCGCUGGGGCCAGGGCUGCCAGGAGAUAUGUCCUGAGUGUGCGAACAACGCCAGCUGCGAUCCCGCCACGGGAGCCUGCCUGUGUCCACCCGGCUAUACCGGCAGCCGCUGCCAGGACGUGUGUCCGCCUGGCUGGUUCGGCCCAGAUUGCCAGCUGAGCUGCAGCUGUGGGAACGACGGACAUUGCCAUCCCGUGACGGGGACGUGCAGCUGCGCGCCUGGCUGGACGGGGUAUAACUGUCAGAGAGCCUGCGAUGCGGGUCGCUGGGGCCCCGACUGCGCUCACACCUGCAACUGCAGCAACAGCGACGGGAGCUGCAGCGCGGAGACGGGGCAGUGCGUCUGCGACGCCGGCUACACGGGCGGCCGCUGCGAAAAGAAGUGCCCUGAAGGAUGGUUUGGGCUGAGCUGCCGGCACCGGUGUCAGUGUGACAACGGGGCUGCCUGUGACCACGUCAGCGGGGCCUGUACUUGCAGCCCGGGCUGGCGAGGAACCUUCUGUGAACACGCCUGUCCUGAUGGAUUUUACGGACUGGAGUGCCGGCAAGCCUGCGACUGCCUGAACGGUGCCCGCUGUGACCAUGCAACGGGCCAGUGCCACUGCGCCCCCGGCUGGGAAGGUCCCCACUGCGGCCAGCCGUGCCAGGAGAACAGGUACGGCGAGAACUGCAGCCAGACAUGCAACUGUUUCAAUAACGCUACCUGCAACCACGUCAGCGGCCGAUGCGUCUGCGCAGCCGGGUGGACGGGACCCACGUGCCAGCAAGCGUGCCCGGUGGGUUUCUACGGGAGGAGCUGCCGCCAGCGCUGCCUCUGCCAAAACGGUGGCACGUGUGACCCCGCCACAGGGCUCUGCGCUUGCCCCGAAGGGUGGACGGGGCUGGCCUGCGAGCUGGAGUGCGCGCCGGGACGGCACGGGGCGGACUGCCGGCAGCGCUGCGAGUGCCGUCACGGGGGGGUCUGCGACCGCCAGAAGGGCCACUGCGUCUGCCAGCCUGGCUGGACGGGCGAGAAGUGCGAGAGCCCUUGUCCGGAGGGGCUGUUCGGGGCACGCUGUGAAGAGCCCUGCGACUGCGGGGACAACGUCUCGUGCCAUCACGUCACUGGCGCUUGCGAUUGCCCCCGUGGCUGGAGGGGCCGGCGCUGCGAGAAAGCCUGCCUGCCGGGUUCGUUCGGGAAGAACUGUGCCAGCCGCUGCGCCUGUCCCCUGGGAGUGCCUUGCGAUCACAUCACUGGCCGGUGCGGCUGCCCGCCGGGCUUUACAGGCUCUGGAUGUGAAAAAUCCUGCCUGCCAGGGACCUUCGGCGAGGACUGUGGUCAGAUCUGCCAGUGUGCCGGGGCCACCCAGGAAUGCCACCCGGUCACCGGGGCGUGCGUCUGCGCCCCCGGCUUCCACGGUCCCACCUGCCAGCUGGAGUGCUCCCCUGGGUGGUACGGCCGCAACUGCGAAACGCCAUGCAAGUGCAAGAACGGGGGACUGUGUGACAUUACCACCGGGAUGUGCCACUGCCCGGCAGGCUACAUCGGCGCUGACUGCAGUAUCGGGUGUCCUGCUGGGCGCUACGGCAAGGACUGUGCACGGGCGUGCUCCUGCGGGGAAGGCACUACCUGUCACCCCGUCACCGGCGACUGCGUUUGCCCACCAGGAAGAGCUGGUCCCACCUGUGAGCAAGGCUGCGAGAAACACCGGUACGGGGUGGGCUGCCAGCAGACCUGCUCCUGCCGCAACGGGGGGCUGUGCGAUGCAGCCGACGGCUCCUGUUUGUGUGCGCUCGGGUGGACGGGGAAAUCCUGCGAAUUAGAAUGCCCGCCGGGAAGGUACGGUGCCAACUGCCAGCUCCGCUGCGCCUGCCUGCACAAUGCCACCUGCGACCCGGGGACGGGAGCCUGCCGCUGCUCCGCGGGCCGCUACGGACCCCUGUGCGAACACAGUUGUCCCCCGGGUUUCCACGGAGCUGGCUGCCGGGAACGCUGCGACUGUGAGCACGGAGCAGGCUGCGACCCAACCACCGGUCGCUGUCGGUGUCCCGCCGGGCUCCGUGGCGAGCGCUGUCAGACAGGCUGCAAGGAAGGAACGUACGGCGAGGGCUGCCAGCAGCUCUGCGACUGCGCCGGCGAUGCGCCCUGCCACCCAGCCACCGGGCGCUGCCUGUGUCCCCCCGGGAAAACCGGCCCCGAGUGCGGAUCAGACUGCCGGCCGACCGAGUACGGCCCCGACUGCAGCCUGCCCUGCCAGUGUGCCCCCAGCAGCUCCUACUGUAAUGCUCAGAACGGCCAGUGCCUCUGUCUGAACGGGUACACGGGACCGACGUGUCGGGAAGGUGGUGCGCCUCGUCUGCUGCCGGCCCAGCACCCCUCCUUGGUCCCAGUUCUGCGGCCCCCGGAGCCCACCGGGUCACCUCCAUCCCAGGGGGGGCUCCGGCCGGGCGAGCACUAGGUCCCGCAGCUGCCGGUGCCCUCGGUGCGGCCAAGCAGCCACCUGAAGAAGCCAACGACCCAUUCGACGAACUCGUUUACAAGCCACAUGAGCGGUUAUCGUUUCCCGACAGCCUAAGCUGCUGCUUUUGGAGUUGUCCGAGCGAGGCUGAAGCGCCGAGCGUAAGCAGUUCGUCACGACGGCGCGGGCCGGACUCCGGGCACGCCACGAGGGCAAGCGCGCCGACGCCGGCGCACGUCCUCGGCCGGACACCAGCGGGAACAGUUCAGAAGCGAUCGCUUCUGGUCAGCGGACUUCGAUAGCUCGUGGCAAAUUGCUGGCCUUCAUCUUUUGGGUGCUGGGCUUGGGGAGGGGGCUGAAAUUACGGUCCGAAAUAGGUAUUUAUGCAACAAUAUUUAUGGGAAGUUGUACAACAGUGUCAUCAGAACUGAUGGCUGAACGUGCCCGGCUCUCCUGACGUAGUGCCUCCUGCAGAAGUACCACCUUACUUGAAUUUUUUUUUUUUUAAUUUGCAUUUGCAAUGGUCUUUUACUGUAAAUUAUCAUCUGCCGUGGGGACAAGGCGUUGGGCUCUAGCACUUACUUACCACGCCGCCUCUGCAGAGCCGGUGCCCGCAGCCCAACCCUCUAUCAGCACGAGUCCCGGUUUGCAUUUCCAGCGACAGGCGAUGCCUUCCUCGCUGACAGUGCGGUCUGCUCUUGGCAAGCUUUGCAGGGGGUCAGGAGCGAAACUCCUGCUCUUCAUAGCAGGAGUAUAUCAGCCCGCUUGAGCUGCCCAUGUCCUUUGCUCCACCGAAAAGCAAGCCUAAAUUAAGUGUAAUAAUCAAAGAUCCUGUGAAAUAAUUACGUGUAAUAAUCAAAGAUCCAAAGACACAAAGUUCUUGCGUGGUCCGGUAAACACAAAUCCCUAUUUAAAUGUUGUCGCCCCAGCCCUGGACCCUGCGUUAUUUUUUCCGUUCCAGUUGAACCCAGGAGCUGGGAAGGGGACGGAGGCAGGAGGAACGGCCGGGAGGCUGCGCGGCCGCAGCCGGCUCCCGGCUCGGCAGCGAGCGCGGUGUCACGGCAAAGCCGCGGCUGCCACCGGCAGCGACGGGGAACGCCAUCGCCCCGGCAAGGGCCCCGGGCCAACAGCCUGCCCGAGCCAGGCCCCUUCAUCUAUUUGCACAAAGCUCUCGGGCAAAUAGAGCCCGAGAGCCGACAAUUGUCAAAAGCAACCAGGCUCUGCGAAGGAGAUGGGACCUUCCCGUCCCAGCACAUCUGCCUCUGCUGCUGCUGCUGCUGCUGCAGUACAGCCCUGCCCAGGCGCUUGGCCUUUAAAUUAUUCCCACAGGGGCCAACUGAAAAUAAUAAAAGAAUUGUUUCUUUUCCUGAUGGAAUUUAUUUUAAUCUGUAUAUAACUUGUAAUUUGUUGCUAAUUCUUUCCUUAUUUUAUUUCUUCCUUAACAGUAUUUUUUGCAUUAGGUAUCAUUAUUGUGAAGAAAUAAUGUUAAUAUAAGUAUGUAGUGAAGGACCAAAAUUGUGUAAUUAAGGUCGUAUGUCGUAUGAUUGAUAACCAGGGAGUAGGAAGAUUUUGUCCACGUGCCAAAUGACCCUGAUCAAUCCUGCUAGUCGCGCUGCCGAUUCUCCAGACAAUCAUAUGUUUUGUUACCUUUGCCUUGAAGCGACCCUCGCGUUAGACGAAGGUUUCUAUUUAUUUCCUCGGCCGGCUGGAAAGCAAACGCAGCCCCCGCCGGAAAGCGAGCGGCCCCUGCCCACGCGCCCUUCCACCGAGCGCGGCGAGCGAUGCCACCGCGCCGGCGAGCGAUGCCACCGUGCCGCGUGUCCCGCCGGCAGCCCCUGCCGCCCGCCGGCACCGAGGUGCGGGGAAGCGGUCUGCCUCGACGGCCCUGCUCCAGGCGAGCCUGCCCUUAAGCAUCGGGGUAAAUCGGUCCCGUCCCGUUCCAGCACGAAAACCUGAGCUGCAGCUCCGUGGCUCCCGGCACCUGCCCGGAGUAAGCCGGACAUCUGAGCACGGGACCGCAGCAGCCCUGCGUCUAUGUUUUUUUUAAUACUAUGAUUUUUUUUCCUGUUCUUACUUCUUAAUUUGCUUCCUCUUUUCACGUAGCUAGUGUUUCUCUUUUUGGACCCCAUCUCCUCUAAUUUAGCACUGAUGAAAAAUUUUAAUUCUUCCACAGUAAAGAGAAAUAAACAGAAAACCUCACUGAAUUUCUA